GUUGCAACGAAUGCCAGUGUUUGUUUGCCCUUUGUGCUGUGAUUUUAGGCAUUGGCUGAACGCUCUGUGUGUCUCCUGCAUCGUCACAGAUGGUGUGGCGUCUCCAGACAAGUGAACGUGAGGAGCCGUGGUGAAAAAACACUGCCAUGGCCGCGACAGUGGAUUAUUCACAUGUCAAGCUGCUAUGCAUUUUCAUGGAUCCAGGAGCAGUUGUGCUCUUUCACGCUCUGAAAUGCGGCACAAACAAGGACGCUUCCGUCACCCUCGUGAACCACCUGACCAACCUCCCAGACACUUCGACGGCCAAUUACCGCACACUCAACGGCGAGCAGAGGAGGAAGGCGUUUACUUCCUCUGAGAGAAAUCAGAUGGCCAAUGACCCCUCGUGCCAGAGCUUUGAUAUAACACUGCUGUACAAGAGCAUAAGGCUGGCCUGCGAAAAUGUUGCAGGACCCAAUGAUGCACGCUGGCAAGAUGAUACAGUGAUGGAAGGCCUGAUCACCAAAAUAAAAGACGAGAGAAACCAGUGGGUGCAUAAAAAGCUUCAGAUGACAGAUGAACAGCAGUUCCUGGAGAAAGUUGAGGAGCUCAAGAGAAUCUUCAUCAGAACCCUUCAGGCAAUCAAGGACAAGUACAGAGUCAAUGACGCUGAGACCACAAAUAUAAUUGACAACAUAACAAGGCAUAUAGAAAAUAUAUGUCUAGCCUUUGAUGAUAAAGUUAUCUUAGAGAUGAAUUUUGAUAAACGGCUUCAUUUGUUUAAGGAAGUGACAGUGGGUCACCUGAGAGAUAUUUACAGACAGUUUGAAUAUUUUGACCCACUGUCCUUCCUCAAUGGAUCCCAAGAACGGAUCCACAUCCAGACUGUAUUUUCAAAACUUGUCCUUAAACAACAACCCACAUCACUUGAAAUAGACUCAUUAGAACUUUUAAAAGUUCUAACAGAAGAGUCGCAGCCCUCGCAGCCUGUCCAGGACCAAAAGUCACACUUUGCUUUGGUGAGUGGUAUCGCUGGGAGUGGUAAGACCACCCUGCUCACUUUCAUCUUGUCAGAGUGGCUCAAAAAAGACUGUGACCGCCGCGUCACACACCUAGAGGAGUACGACAUUGUACUCAGAAUACUCUGCCGGGACACAGAUGCCGAAGAUCUGGAGACAUUCCUGACCCUGGUUCUCCCGCCUAGUCUGUCUAGUCUGCCAGUGUUUAAUAAGUCUCUUGUAAACUAUUUAAAGAACUGUAAAAUGCUGUUCCUCAUCGAUGGUCUGGAUGAGCUGAACAGCACCUCUGAAAAUCUCAUCACUAAUAUUCUGAAUAUAACUAAAUAUAACAAAAAAUUUUCAGUUCUCGCCACCUCACGACCAGAGCGAGUGGAUCAGUUCUUGGCCCGCACACGACAGGACUAUAAGCAAUCACAUAUAUCUAUCGUGGGGAUUCCUGUCCCUAGGAGGAUGGAAUUUGCAAUCCAAUAUUCUACCUCCAUAAACCAGGAUAAGUUGAGGGAGUUCAUAAGGAAACAAGGCGAUAUGACCUUGUUUGAGCUUCCCCUUAACCUUUUAUUUCUGGUUACAUUAUUUGAAGACAAUCCUGAUUGCAUUAAAGAAAACAUUACGCAGUCCAGCUUGUACACCAACAUCCACGUUUGGUGCACAGAAAAGCUGCGCAACAGAAUAUCCGUGAACCCCACAUGGGGAAAGAAGAGGCCACAGACCCUCAAGACGAGGAUAAAAAGAGUGGUGAAAGAGAUGUACCAAAUGGCGCUACAAGGUCUGCUGCAGGACAGACUGAGCCUCUCAGAGGAGGAAACCGAGCGGCUGACGGAUUGCUGUGAGAGAGAGGACCUGCCGGCCCAACAAGUCCUGGGAGCCUUCUUCACUCUACAGUUGUCUAUCACCAACAAAGUACGCCAAGAAAACUACGCCAUGCCCCACAAAGGGCUGAUGGAACAUUUUGCUGCUCGACAUAUCAUAGAGCACCUUCAGGACAGAUCCGUCCAAGAACCAGGAGCCAUUAGGAGCCUGCUUCAGGGCGCUGCUCGGCCACAGUUUCAGCCUCUUAAUCUUCGGGGUCUUCGUAACCUUUUCUGGCAUGUGGCGGGACUGUUGGCCACACCAGACUUUCCAAAACGUCCCGGUACCAUAAAGGAGGUGAUAGAUAUGCUGGCAGAGACUGGCACAAAAUGGAAAGAAUGGCUGUCAUUAGUGGAAGACACAAAUUAUAAUGAAAGCUUCCUGAAGGGCAUCGCUCGCCAUGUCACAGAAAACCCUCCUGGUGGCGAAAUAAAGAUAGGAGACAAUACGUUGGCCAGCGCUGCGGCACUGCUCCCCCAUAUUCCCGCAACAACAGUGGUUCUAGACCUGAAGAACAAAAACGUGAAUGUGGAGAAUGUUCGUGCCUUGAAUGAUCAUCAUUGCAGUACGUUGACGUUGCAGCACCAUUACGAGCAUCCCGGCAACCUACCCGCCUCAGACACAGUGAUACACGCCAUAAACAGGACUCGCCUUAAGCAGUUCACGGGUCACCUGAGUGCUGAGUGCGUGGCACUGCUUCCUGAAUGCCUUACGGUGUUGCGCCUGGCUGUAUCUAGUGAUGAGCACGCUUCCAGCCUCCUAGCAGCCCUCACCCAAGCCGCUUCAUCUCUCCCUAACUUGUGGUGGCUUGACAUACACGUUCCAGUAGCGAUGGUAACACCAGCGGCGGUUCCUUCACCAUUGCCUGAAAUCAGCAGUGUGCACCUAGUCUUCUCUGGCGUGAACGAAAGCCUGAUGGAGGAAGCGUGUCAAAUGGCGGCGGUACUCUUGCCUCGGAGAGGAUAUUAUGGCAUUGCGUUCCCCGGGGCCAGGAUGGAGGCAGCACAGUGGCGGCAUCUGCUUCACCUGAUGGCGGCAGCAGGGGACACGGUGUGGGGCAGAGGUCUGCUAGCAGGUGUUUGGAUACCACAGCAAACCAUCACACUGGAGGAGUGGAGAGAGCUGACGCACCUUGCUGACACUUUGUGGGGGUGUAUGGUGAUCAGGCUUCCUGACAAGGCGUGUUUCCUGCAUUAUCUGCUUCAUGCUGCUGCUGAUGAUGAUGAUGAUAAUGGUGAUAAUGGUGGUAAUGAUGAUGAUGAUGAUGAUGAUGAUGAUGAUGAUGAGGAGGAGGAGGAGGAGGAGGAGGAGGACUAAAACAAUGCUAGUAUGAACAGUAAUGGUAACAACUCAUUAUUGUCAAUAUUGGUAAUACUGUGUUAGUAAGCAGUGGUAACAUAUCAUUGUCAUUACUACUUCUACUACUACUACUACUACUACUAUUAUUAUUAUCAUAAUUAUUUUUUUAUGCAUUUAACUACUCUUGAUAUUUUACCAAUGAUUUAUGAUUGAUAGGCUGCAAUCAAGGCUUUACUUUCAGUAGUUUUCAAAACUGUUUCUUUAGGCUAUAACAAAAAUGUGCCUCGUUAAUAUUUGGGCCUGAAUUAAAACUUUGGUUUCAAGCCUUUUAGGCAAAUACACAAUUUUUAUUUUAA